AUGGGAAUCGAUCGUCCUGGUGAAGUCGGCGUAAGAGGACUGAAGCAACCGAAUGCUGCUACUCCACCUGACCCGACAAAUCCAAGCGCCUUCGAUAAGGAAAUGAAGUCCAUUGGCUUAUUCAAUAAAGAUCAUUUGUAUUUCAUUUACGCAAGUAUCGAUCACGACGGGGUACCUCCAGUGUUCCAGUCAAUCCCGGAAGAUCUCGAAAAAAUAUAA